GCAGCGAGCCAAAAGCUUCAUUGGAAGCCAGUUUUGAUGGAUACAGUCCUGCUUUCGCGCAGCUAGAUUCCCCUGGCUGCUGGAAACAUUCAACCGAUGACUGCAUCAAAGGACCGCGGAGAGAUCCUGUAGGUAGCGGAAAUAGUGGUACUGAUUAUUGCGUAAUUCUCAUUCGUCAACCGACUCGGCGUUUCUGCCCUCUUAUUGUUGGCGCAGAUAUUGCACGCUGAACGAAUCUUCAAACUCUCCUUCGAGACUGGGCCAGAUUUUUCUAUUUCGACGCCUGACUACAGUAGGUUUCAGUGCGUCGUCGAAGUGUCUGUCUUACUGGACUGGUUGUUGUGGAAGUCUAGAAUCAGGUUUCUAGUUCGGCGCUGAUCGGGUUUGCAGGAUUGUUGUUUUUGUUGUUCGUGGCGGUGGUGGGAGGAGUGAACAUAGAUUCUUUGAUGAAAUUCUCUAAUGAGAGAGAUUUUGGGAUGUUGAGGAGGUGUUGGGGUUCUUGAAGGUGGUUGUGCUCGUCCUGAGGCUGCAGGAUUUGUGGUUUCUGCAUUUUGACUUCCAGGAUUGACAGCUCCUAAGUGAGAGGGGAAGUUUGCAAUGGCUGUGACAAAUGGGCUGGAUGAUCACCAAGACUCUGCCCAGAACGGCAGUCAUGUUGUCGAAUCGAAAGAGCGCAGUGCCAAGGAAAUUGAGGUUCUGAAGCUGAUGCGGGCGAGGUCCAUGGACGUUAAGAAAGCGUCCAAGAUGUUUGCACAGCACCAGAAAUGGCGACGCGAGUAUUUCCCUCUGGGCCACGCUCAAGAAGACGAGAUUAAGGAUGAGAUUGCGGCGAAUAAGUUCUUCAUUCAAGGACACGAUAGAACUGGUCGCCCCCUGUCCUUCUGGUAUGGGGCUAGGCAUUUCGGCGGAGGCAACCUCGAGCAAUACAAAAUUGCAGGAGGUAUCACUUAUUGUUUGGACAAACUCAUUUCUAGUUUACCACCCGGACAGGAAAAGUUCGUGAUCAUCGCCGACCUCAAAGGCGUGGGUUACAAGAACCUGGACGUGCGAGGAUGGCUCGGUGCGUACGACUUCGUGCAAGCUUAUUACCCAGAAAGACUGGGAAGGGUGUACAUUCUGCACCCUCCAAUGAUCUUCUGGGCCUCAUGGAAAUUGGUGGUUCCCUUCCUAGACCCCGUCAUCAAGAAAAAGAUCGUGUUCGUUGACAACGCCAAGAUCGAAGAAACGCUGCUGGCAGAUAUAGCGAAGGAGGAACUUCCCACCGCGUGUGGAGGCUUAAAGGAGAUGGUCCCGUUCGAACUUGCGCAUCCACCCAACUGGCCUCAGUUCAAGGCCGCCGCCGUGGCCACUUAGAUCGCAACAGCCAAGAAUCUCGUAACAUGGGGUGAAGACCACAAACGAGUUGCCAUCCUCGAUGCCAAAUAUCCUCCGAGAGCUGCUUCGGUGUGAGUCUUCCUUUCAUCAUCGACAACACUGGCUCGGAUCAUCAGCAACAUCAGCAGCAGCAAAGACUGAGCGAGCUGUGAAGUAUUCUCACCCUCUAUAAGAUAUUGACACACCCAGGUUGAUAGAGUCUACCUCAGCAUUGUUUAUUUCCACAUGAGGUAUUCUUGCAGUUUAAAGCUGGAAAAUUAUUACUCAACAUGUACUCGAAUGAAUACACGUGAUUGUUUAAAGCCACCACAGCCAACCAACUACAUUGGAUUACAACUUCA